UCAAACGAAAAGUGCUUUUGCGUACGGCAGUUUAUAUUCCAUUGUCCGGCUAAAGGUAAUAUUCGGAAUUGCCUUUUGUUUGGCACACAAAAGCCCAUUGUUCCUCGUCCAGUAGACAGCGGGCUACGAUGCAAAGUGUCAUCAACACGGUGAAGGGAACCGCCCUGGGCGUCGCGGGGUACCUCACUCCCGUGCUGAAGGAAUCAAAGUUCCAAGAGACUGGUGUGCUCACCCCCGAGGAGUUUGUGGCAGCGGGAGACCACCUGGUGCACCACUGCCCCACGUGGCAGUGGGCCAAGGGUGAGGAGUCCAAGAUCCGUAACUACCUGCCCAGUGACAAGCAGUUCUUGGUCACCAGGAAUGUGCCAUGCUAUAGGAGGUGUAAACAGAUAGAGUACUGUGAAGAUAAAGAGAAGGUGAUAGAGGAUGACCAAAAUGGAGAAGGUGGCUGGGUGGACACUCACCAUUAUGACACUGCCGGCUCACCCACGGUUGAAGAAAAGGUGUGUGAGAUGACCCUAGACGCGGCCGACACAGGCGACAGUGACGGCGAGGCAGGCGACCCUGACAAUGAUGAUGAUGAUGAGGAGGAAGAGGAUGGUGAAGCUGAAGACAUGGAGCAGUUCCAGGAGUCGGGGCUACUGGAUGAAGUGGAUCCUUCAACAGAUCUCGCGCCGCGUAAGGAAAGCAAACCCAAGGAGGCCAAACCAUCUCGCGGCGACGGCGACGACAUCGUGCGUACGCGCACGUAUGAUCUGCACAUCACGUACGACAAGUACUACCAGACCCCGCGGCUCUGGCUCAUCGGGUACGACGAGAACCGCGCGCUGCUGAGCGUGGAAGCGAUGUACGAGGACGUGUCGGCCGAGCACGCCAAGAAGACGGUCACCAUCGAGGCGCACCCGCACCUCGCCGGGCCCGGCAUGGCGUCCGUGCAUCCGUGCCGACACGCAGAAGUGAUGAAGAAAAUAAUAGAGACGGUAACGGAGAGCGGCGGCGAGAUGGGCGUGCACUCCUACCUUAUCGUGUUCCUCAAGUUUGUACAGACGGUCAUCCCCACCGUCGAGUACGACUUCACGCAGAACUUCGCCAUCAACUAGACUCCACCUUUAUAUCUGAUCAGGGGUGUUGCGGAUGCCUAUUUUUUGACAUCCGCAUAUGCGGAUGCGGAUUUAUAAAAGCGCACAUCCGCGGAUGCGGAUGUCGAGAUUAGGCACAUAAAAAACGUCAAAUAUUACUCUUUAGUAAUUUUUAUAAAAAAAAAACUAAACUUUUAAUAUUUUAACAAGAAUAUAGGUGCCCCACUAUCGCAUUACUAUACUAAAGUCCAAAAAAAUCAAAUUAUUCACUUUUUGUCUCUGUCCGUCAUAGGCUAGUGUUCGAUCGACGAAUCAAAAGAACGAAACGAGAUUCCUAUUGGCUAAUGUCGAAAUUACCUAGCACUUACGCCGCCGCUAAGACGUUCCUGUACCUACCUGUUCCACAUCCGCAUCGGCAUUAAGCUCCGCAUCGAUUUUAUGCGGAUGCGGAUGUUGAAAAUAAUGCGCAAGUUCCGCGGUUGCGGAUGCGAAUAUUCGCAACAUCCCUGUAUCUGAUCUAGCCGAUGGGGCGGCGGCGGCACGACUGAUUUAAUUAUUAACGUUUUGAAAGACCGAUGAUAUUAGCGCAUAGUCUACUGGUAACUGGACACUAGCGCUGUGAUCUUGGAACCUAAUGUCGGUAUUGUCAUCAUUUUCCCAAAAUGUUUGUACGAAAUACCUUUUGUCUCAGAACUUACUUCUUGGGGAUUUCCUUUUUUGUGAUGUGGCACUUUCAACUCUGGUAAUAAAAGACAAUUUCGUUUCCAAAAUUGAUUUUCUGUGAUGCGUCCCACACAAAAAUUCACACUAAAAUGUCACAAAGUUUAGGGACGGGGAAGUACGUAUAUUUUGUAGAUGGGUUUACUCGUAUUUGGGAAUCUGAAUCAUAAGUGCUAACGAUUCUAAAAAAGAAACACCCAAUAAGGUAGUUAGAGGUGUAAAGUUUUUUAUUCAUACUAUUUGGGAAGCUCUCGCAAACAUCUAUGCUGACGAAAUGUAGUCAAGACCAGACGGGGCCAGUGUCGUCUGUAUAUAUAUGUGGUAUUUUCUAUAAAAAGGGACCUUAUAUUGUCGAUGGCGCUUACGCCAUUAUUAACGAUGCUUCGAUAUAAAUACAAUGCCGCGCGACGCUGUGCGGCGUAAGCCAUCGACAAUAAGGUCCCUUUUCAUAGAAAAUGCCCCAUAUGUAGGUGUCUACUUUUUGAAGUUCACGCAGUCGUUUCUACCGUGAAAUACGUCUUCAGUUUCUCGCAACAUUUUAGGUGUAUUCCUAUUUGUCCCCAUCUUACGUGACCGCCGCCAUACAUGAGACGGGGAUAAGUGGGAAUGAUUUAUAUGCCGCGCCUGUUCCCACCUGUGCCCGGCGGGGACAAAUGGAAAUACUCCACAUUUUGCCAUCACCAGCGCAGUGGAAUGCUGGCACUAUGUUUUACCUAUAUUUCAACUUUGGAAGAUAAAGUUCCUUAUCGCCAUUUGAAAAACCUUCGCUUUAAUUAGCAUCUAGGAUAUUUGCUGAAAAUGCUAAGCAAUAAUGCUCCUUAUUCCUUAAUGAUAUUGAUAAAGUUUGGUUAAUUGGUGCUUUUGUGGUCGCAAAUAAGGUUCGUGUUUACUUAGCAAUGUUUUAACGGCGCCAAGAAGCAAUAUCGUUUAGUAUUUUUACAAUUCCAAUAUAUUUUUGUUACUGGGGCGUGAUGAAAACGUGGAGAGGGAUACAAAAACAUCAAAAUAUUUCAUUAAACACGACAGUUUUCCCGUGAAAUCUUGCCUCUGUUGACUUUAAAGAUACUACAGUCAGCAACAAAAGUAAUUAAGCGGGACACGUGUUCAAAACGACCUACGCACGCUACACUAUUUUAUCAAAUGUGAUGUUCAGAUCAUUUUGAACACCUCACCCGCUUAGCUGCUUCUGCUGCUAACUGCACACCAUCGAAAGAUUAGUUAUGGCACAGCAUUAGACUUUAGAGCAUUUAUAAUAUAACUAUCCGUGUACCCUAUUAGAGUACCAAGCUAAUUCUGCACAGACUUUUCAAUUACAAAGUGUGGACUGUCCCCAUUAACUUCAAAUAUGACGUUUAUUGUGGCACGCCCUCACUUAGUCACGUCAAAGUCGGUUCCUAGUUCCUACAGAGUGCUUACACACUCGAAUGGAAUGAUGCGCUGUAUUUUGAAAAAGGCAGUGUCUAUAACUUAAUGAUAUUAUGUACCUAUUAGCCAACGAAUUUAGAUAUGUUUAGUAAUGCCAUUGUAAUAGUAGAGAACUAAUCACAUUUAUAAAGCUAGAUAUUAUUUAUAUUAGUACAAAUAAUGGCUGUGGCCUCGAAAUAAAAUAAAAAUUGUCCCCCGCAUGAAUUUAGUGAUGAUUGGAUAUUUUCACAACUUCGUGUCAUAUAUUAUACACAUUUUUAUUUGUAUACCACGUCGGUGGCAAACAAGCAUACGAUCGUGAUGGUAAGCAGUCACCGUGCCUAUGGACGCCUGCAACUCCAGAGGUGUUACAUGCGCGUUGCCGACCCUUUAAAAACCUUUACACUCCUUUAACAUUUUUAUUUUAUUAUUUAUCGAAAUGUGCGUGCUGCCCAUCACACAAAAGAUGCAAAGCAGGGUUUUCUACAUUUGGGUCCGCCUGCCGGGUCAUCUGUGCCGUGGUGACAACAGAGUAUUCACAAACCUCAUGUAGAGGCUUAGAGGUUAUUACGCACCUGCCAUAUUGUUUACUAAGCUAAGCCGUCUGAAUUUAACAUUUAAAGGAAAAAUGGGAAUAACCAUGGAUUUCCAUUAAAUUUAAAAUUUCUUACCACGCGAUUUUAGUAAACCUCAGCAAACCUAGACAUUUUUAGCAUUAAAUUAGAUCGAUUUUGUGAAAAUUACCAAUCUGAAUCCGUAAUGAAAUUUCAUAUUAACAUCGUAUAUCGUAAGCUCGCUAUUUUAAAGCAAUGAAACACGUACCUAAAGCCUUACUUUUUAUAUAAAAUCUUGUUUUGUUUUUUAAAUAUUAUAUAUUGUUUAUAAAGACGUGUAUUGUGCGGUUUGUUUGUAAACUUUCCUAUGUAAGGUCCAGUAGCUGUUGCGAUCGCUGAAAGAUUAUGAUUUAAACUGCCGUCGCCCACACUCUUUAACUGUCCAUCGCUGGAACAUUAUGCCUUUUUCUUCACACUCGCUCAGUAAAUGUGGAAUUACAUGCAGGCUUAGCGGUAACUAUAGAAAAAGCUUUUUCCUGAGGGAGUUAUGAAGUUUCUAGUAUUAUAAUUAACAGUUUUUUGUCUUAUACUUCAUUUUUGUAUCGCAAGUGUGAUGAAAAACAUUGUGUGUAACUCGGGGCGUAAUAAUAUUGCAAACUCGUCUAUAAAUCGCUCCGGCAAGUCGUCGCGAUUUAACUAUACUCUCGUUUACAAUAUUCAACUUACGCCCCAUGAUGCACAAUGUACUAUUGUGAUAAGGUCCACCGAUGGACAGUCAAGAGUGUUGCUGUUUGUACAGUCGCCAUCAGAUAUUUUGGCCAAGGUUCUCACAAAUAUCUGAACACGCCUCUAUUGUCAAGGCGCUAGGUGCGUGUUCAGAUAUUUUUGAGCACCUCGGCCGCUCCGAUAUAUCUGAUGGCGAUUGUACCUACGUAAUUACAGGUUUUUUUUUUGAGUUUUCAAAGUCAUUACAAUAUAAAUAUUCGAUUUAUUCAAAGCUGUUACCAGUGGGGAAGAAAGCAGUAGGUAUUUGUGACGUUUUCAACCAAAAGGUACCACAUUGUCGCUUGUUGAUAAGGUUGAUUUCUAAUUGAAGCUAUAUGAAAAUAGCGUCUUACUGACAAGCGACAAUAAGUACCCUUUUGGUUGAAAAUUGCACAUUUACCAGUGGUAACAACUUGGUGAUAUCACUGAGGAAAUGUAGGUAUUUGAAUCGAUCGCAACAACUAUGAGAAAGUAGUUUUAUUCUUCGGGCUUGUCAUACUAAUGUAUCUCGCUAGAUUUAUAAUUUUAUAAUAUAAAAGCGAUUUAUUUAAUAUUCAUGUGGUUUUGAUAUUAUAGCGUAAGAAUUGUAAGCAAUGUUAUUAUAUUAUUUAACUCGAAAAUAAACUUUUUAAUCCACAGUAGACUUAUGUACUAUUUAAAGUUGUGUAAAUCUUUUAUUUACGAGUACAUUGAUUGUGCAUUAUUUUCACAAACUUAUUUUUUAUUAAAUAAAUAUUUUGCUACCA